AAAGGUCCUCAGGUCGGCGACAGUUAUAUGAAUACAGUUUAAAUAAGAAAGUAAAUUGAAUCAAUGUUUAUACAGCGGAUUAAUACAACCAUAAAAACGUGUUCCGGUUUUAAAUAAGUAUUGGUUACUUUGAAACAGCAGUUAUUUUAUACCAGACAUAGAGGGAAAACUUCACUACUCUGAACUUGAUGCAAAGGUGGAAUCAAGGAUCUGGGAUUUAUGAACUAGAACUUGUAUGUGUAAGAUUUAUUUAUAUGGAACGCUGUUCUAUAACAUCGCAGUUUCUGUUUACUAUAUCAUGUGUUCUAUAAGUAGGGUUUACGUCACUCGGGUCACGAGGCGAUAUACCGGUACACAGUCGAUACCGAUCCGUGAUAUCCCGGCGAUGUUCGCCCUCAUUAAAUGUGAUUGUCAGAACUCAAGAUGGCACAUGAUGCUUGUACAACCCAGUCGUGCUACAAGGAUAUAUGGAAGACAAGACAGUGAGUGAAUCAUGUCGACGAGUCCCAGUUGGCGUAUUCUGGGACAUAGAGAACUGCUCUGUGCCCAGUGGGAAAUGUGCUCUACAGGUUGCUCAGACGAUUCGCGAAAAAUUCAUUUCUGGGAAUUACGAGGCAGAGUUUAUGUGUGCCUGCGACAUCAGUAGAGAAAAUAAAACUGUUAUUCAGGAACUAAACCAUGCUCAGAUAAACAUCAUACAUGUAGAAUCAACUAGUAAAAACGCUGCAGAUGACAAAAUCCGCCGCCUGCUGCGACGCUUUGCUGACACUCAUUCCCCACCUGCGACUGUGGUUUUAAUUAGUAGUGAUAUCAACUUUUCAUCUGACCUGUAUGACCUACGGUAUCGGAACAAUUUAGAAAUCAUUUUGAUUCACGGGGAACACACGCACAAGUCACUUCUAGCCUGCGCCAACCACACUCAGUUGUUUGAGGACAUUGUUAAGGAUGUUCCAUUUCGUAUUUCGCAGGAAGAACAUCAUGACAAAAAUGUGAGUGUGAUUGUUAUGGGGUUCAGUCCAAAGAAGGGGUUGAGUGCGAUUAAGCGUCGCCUGCGACGUCUGGUUGUUAACACUGGCGGCAAGGUGGUCUCCAUCAGCAAAGAUCAUGCGGUCAUUCGAUUUUCAUCCCAAAAUGAUGCUCAGAGGGGGUGCCAGAGGAUGCAGGGACAGGACGUGUAUGGGUCGACGAUACACGCGAGUUACGGCCCCGUUGGACAUCAGAAGCAGCAUCAGGGAUAUCAUUAUCAUGAGAAAGGAAACAGUUACAACACCAAUGUCAACCGGAACAAUGUGAGUCCCACGAGGACUCGACCUCACUCACAGACAUACAGAAAACUGCAAUCUGCAGAUCAGCAGAAGACAAUAAAUUUUCCCGCCUCAAACCAGCAAACCUCUGAUAAUCCAGCCUUUAACCAGCACAUGUCAAUAUAUCCAUCUUCAAAUCAGCAGACGUCAAAUUAUCCAACUUUGAAUCAGCAGACGCCAAAUUGUAUGGAUGAACACUUGCAGACACCCAAUAUUUCUAGCCAAUUCAUUGAAGAUCAUCCAGGGGAGUUAAACCUGUUGGAUACUCUUCUAAAUGGAGGCACAAAUUGUGUUGCUACUGAAGAGGAUCCCAAUAACGGGUUGCAGUCCCUUGUGAAGAAGUUCACUCAGGAAAACAAGUCCAGUCGGCAGUUGUUGAUGCUACAACAACAACUCUAUCAGGAGGAGCAAACACCUAUAGGUGGCAGCAGCUCAACACAGUUCUACACACACUACUCACGCUACCAGCAACCACCUGCCGGUGGUUACUAUGACAACAGCCAGAGCCAGUGGCAGCAGACUGCGUACCCCACACAGAAUGGAUAUUAUGACAACUACACCAACAACUGCCAGUCACAGACGCAGGUGCCGCCUUACAGAGGAUUUCAACCAAUCAGAUCCGCCUCGCCCAGCGAGAGUUCCCAGUGUAGCUCCAUGUCGCCAUGUGACUUCAACUCUGAAGAGUAUCCAGGCGCUGUAGACUUGCUCAUCAGUAACUUAGAUUACAACAUCAGCCCACGAGAAUGGAAACAUAUUCUCACCACAAACUUCCAUUCUCACAUUAAGAUUCUGUUCAUAGACGUGUUCCUUCAACCAGACAACACGUCACUAGGAGUGGUAAAAGUAGGAAGUAUUGAUGAGGCACGCUUUGCAAUUUCACAGUUCCAUCGCAAGAAAAUUGGCUACAAGAGGAUACAUGUCACUCUUAGAACCGAUGAAACCACUAACACGGCUUCAACCAUUCGGUCAGAGGCUAUCGCCUUGUUAUCAGAGGCCAAGGAUAAUGUGCUGCCAUUAUUCAAAUUUAUCGAGCUCUUCAGUAAGAGGUUUAAUCGCUCAGUAAGCGUGUCAGAACUCUACAAGAUGAAGGACACAAUUGAGAUUAAUGAGAAGGGUGGGGCCGGGCGCAUGAUCCACCUUGCCCCGGGGCUGAAAAAGGCCUCACCUACCGAGAAAACUUCAGAGAAUUCGGAGGUCCAAGAGAUCACUGAGCAUGUGGUCUGCAAGUACCACUGUCCGGAGGGCAGCUUCAUGUAUGCAGAGGCCAUAAACACGUGCAUCCUACCCAGUGUGAAGGUACAGCUGAAGACUUUCGCACCACAGGUCCACUCACUGCUCAUGACCCACGAUGGAGACAUUCCUUUGAUGAGUUUUCCCGCCUGCUUCAGCGCAGAGGUAGCACAGCUAGUGUACGUGUAUGAGGGCGGCGUGGCACUAGAACAUGUGCUCAGCUGUGUCCCGGGCGUGCAGAUCUCAGUGUCCAACACUGGCUUCAAGAAGGUCAUCUGGGCAGAGAACCGGCCUCCAGGAUCCCCAGAUCCUGGCUCUCCUAGUAGUGGCUCCCUGAAUCAACUGCUCGCUCAAUUCGGGAGGGAAAUGGUGGACCUUCUGAAGGCUAUGCCUAACUGUCGUCUGGCGUUCAGCAAGUUCAUACCGAUCUACCAUCAGCACUUUGGACGCCAGUGCAGAGUGGCAGAUUACGGAUACAGUCGACUCAACGAGCUCUUUGAUGCUGUACCGCAUGUUGUUCAGGUGAUGGGGACCGGGGACCGGAAGGUGCUAACUUUGACCCACAAGGCGCAGACGAAGAGAUUCACUGCUGACCUGUUGCGUCUGCUGAAGAACGUGCCCGGUCGUCAGGUGUGCUUGUCUUCACUCACAGAGGAGUUUUGCAAGAUGUUCAACAGGAGCUGGGACAUCAUAGAGUACGGGAUGUGUCACCUGGACGACAUGCUGUCUGACAUUCCUCCUAACACAGUGGUUAUGACACAGGAUGGUCACAAUACUUUGAUUUCAUUGCCUCGUGUUGAGCCAACAGACGAGGAAUUGGAGAGAAUCAAGCAGUUCUCGCUCGAGAUCGUUGACCUACUGAAGCACAGCGACCACUGCAAGAUGCUGUUCUCUAAGCUGAUUCCUGCCUACCACCACCACUUUGGGCGCCAGUGUCGUGUCAGUGACUAUGGCUAUAGCAAGCUGCUGGACCUGCUGGAGGCUCUUCCUCAAGUUAUUGAGCUUGAUGAUGAAGGUGAAGAAAAAAUAAUCAAGCUGACAGAGAGCAAGCUACGAAAGGUAGUUGGAGACCAGAUUAUCUCCCUUCUGAAGCAUCGCAAGGUGCAGUGUUACCCGCUGGACCAGCUGAUGCCCGCCUACACGCAGUUCUACGGCUAUGCUAUCCCACUGGGCGACCUGCGUGUUCACAAUCCCCAGCAGCUGAUGUCGAAGCUUAAACACGUUGUGAAGCUGGAAGUGUAUGACGGCAGAGAGUACAUCGUGGUCGCAGAUCGUACCAGUGCUCCCCCUUUGGCUCGCCAGGUUCUGCAACUCUUGAUGGACCAGAGUGGUGGUAGCCUCCCUUUGAUGGAGCUGUCCAGCAGAUACAAGACAACUUUUGGCACCGAGCCAAAUAUAACAAAAAUCAAGGAGGAGCUUCUGGAUUAUGUUCAGAUCAGUGGUGAUGACGAAUCUGGCGUGAUCAGUCUCACACCGCUACAAACCCUUGCACGUGACCUUCGCAUUCUGCUGCAUGCCCAUGGGAAAAUCAUGCUCGCUCAACUUGAGAAACUGUUCUACGAGCACUUCUGUGUAGAGAUUAAACCUGCCCUGUAUGGGUUCCCAACCAUCGUGGCCCUGCUCAUGGCUAUUCCACAUGUUGUGGCCAUGAAAGGAAAGGGGAACCGGAAAGUGGUGCAUUUGUCUGGAGACUUGCAGGGUAGUCUUCCAAUCAUUGAUGAGUCCUACAGCAGCCGCCCUGAUUCUGACACGCCCUCCAAUGACUCUGGCUCCGCCCUGACCGAUGAAGACACAACCACUGAGCAAAAGUUCCGCCCCCAGGACAUUCUGGACGAGCAUGUUCCAUCUGGAAUGCCCUCCCCUGCAUUGAGGCCAGACAGUUUUGGGGCGCACAUUGAUUUGAUAAAAUUUGAUUCAAAUCCUGACUAUCGUGACACCAUUUUUGCUUCAAUAUGUGAAGAGGAAAAAAGUCAACAACAAACUCCCCUUUGCCAAACCCCCACAUCACAGCUUCUGCAGUUAGCCGCUCAGUUUUUGCCAACUGCAGAUGACAUAGGUGGAUCAGGAAAGGCCCCAGAAGGGGCAAGGGCUCCUAAAUCAACUUUAGAUCUUCUGAAAGAAGGCUGGUGGGCAGCCAGUCCAAGCCAGUUACAGGAAGUCAGCAAGAGCAUCAAGAAUGCUGGAAUUGCAGACAAUAUGGCAGCUCUGAGUCUACUUGAAAACGUACACAAAGGAGAGACCACGGGGAAAGAGAAAAUUUCUAGAAGAAAUGAAGAUGAGGAAGAAGUUAAAAAUGAAGAACUUUAUUUGCAAAAUAAACAGGACAAUAAAAGGAAAAAACCAGUCACUGAAAAAAUGGACAAAGAUGGCACGCAGCAUCAGUAUGCUAUUCAUAGUUUGGCGUCGACUCUAACAUACUUGAGAGAAUCACAGCAGAUAUGUGACGCCUCAGGUGAUAACAUGGACAAAACGAAAGGAGUAAAACUUCUCAGAAGAACAGACACAGAUUCAACAAUACUUAGAGAGCAGAGGGAAUCACCAACUAGAGAGCAGAGGGAAUCACCAACUGAGCAAAACUAUCUUACCAUUAAAGAUAAUGAAAGGCAAUCCCCACUUCCUGAUAAUUCAGUCUCUCACUCCCUUCAGCCUGGAUCCUACUGGUACUCAAAGCAGUUCCAGUCAAAGUCGUCAAACAUUGAGUUGCCAUCAAAAAGUCCUGACGAUGUUCGAAAGGUUUUGGCCUCACUUGCUCAAUCAAAGCCAAAAUCCAGUGAGCACGGCGAGACAGAUACGAGUAACGAUAUUGAGACUACAACCCCACAGGCGAGCAUUGACAACAGCGAGUCGUUCUCUGCUGAUACAAUCACUGAUGACUUUAGUGACAUAGAUUCCAAGAAAUGGUCCCAAAUUGGUGAUGGGCUGAAGGCAAAAUAUGCAGAUGAAUAUGACAGUGGUGGUGCAGACAUUAAAGGGAACUGGGAGGUCUUGAAAAUGGAAUAUCCAGGAAAUCCAAAGGGCAAUACCGAGAGAAUCAUUCCAGGAAAAACCACCAAGCAUGAUAUAGAACAUAAGCUGGGCAAUUGCAUUGCCGAGGAUUGCAUGUGCUAUGAGGCAGUGUUCAGGCAAGAUCAGCCAAUUGAAACUAGUUCAGUCAAGUCAGAUUCGAGCUUCGCUGAGAGUCUUGAUCUGUCACCUAUGAAGAAGAAAUGUCAAACGUCAAGACUGAGCGCCAGCUCACUGAGUGAUGAAUCUGGAAAUAGCUCGAUUAACAAACGCCGUUCUAGAAUUGCAGCCAAGUUUGGGCAAACUGUCGAAUAAUAGAUUGUAUAUUAUCAAUUGAAAGCUAGAGUAGGCUUGAAGUCUUCUUUGCAAAUAUUUAAGUUUGAGCAUUAAAUUAAUAGAUCUUCUGGACAUUCUCAUAUUAAAUACAUUUAUGUCAAGAAAGAACCAUUUAGCCUUAAUUAGGUUAAAAAGGGUGUAUAAAUUUGGACUGUUCAGAGACCGGGAAUUUCUAUUAAAAAACAGGUUCCAGCGUCAUUGUGGCAAAACAAUAUGUUACCUUUCUGGUGCUGUAUAUUUGUGUGGUAGUCUUCUCAGAGCUUUGUAUGACUUUUGUGUGAAAAUAGUAUUUGUUAUUUUGUUUUAUCCUUUCCUCUGCAUGUAAACACAGUGAAAAAAGUUAACAAGGUAAUGAUAUGAAUUUUCCAGAACAUUUUGAGUAUUUCUUAUUCUGUUUAAUUUAAAUUUAAUGUAUAUAGAUGUUUUAUGAUGAUAAAACAAUAGAUAAUGUGCUAACAAAUCAUAGUGUGCUACAUGUACAGUCAAUUUAGUGUGCUUUUAUUUAACCACUCACCAUGGUAAAUUGAUUUAUGAUCUGAUUUUGUCAAUCAUUUGUUGUUGUAAUUUAGAAAAAUUAUUGAUAUAUACCAAGUGAUAUGAAUGAAACAAUGAUCAUGUGUUUGGGAUUAAAGAGGGUAUGGACUGAUGAGCUAUUAAGGAAAAAAGUGAAACAAAGUUUUUAUGCCGUUUUGAAGAAAAGGGGGCUUAUAGUGAUUGGACUGUCCGUCUGUCUGUCCGUCUGUCUGUCUGUCUGUCCGUCUUUCCGUCACUCUUUGCGUUUAGGUUUCGAAAAAUGCACAUUACUUCUAUGUCCCUUGAGAUAUAACCUUCAUAUUUGGUAUGCAUGUGUAUAUGGACAAGGUCUUUCCAUACGCACAAAAAUGUUUACCCCUGUGACCUUGACCUUGAACUUAGGGUCCGCGUUUAGGUUUCGAAAUCUGCGUUUCGGUUUCGAAAAAUGCUUAUAACUUCUAUGUCCCAUGAGAUAUAACCUUCAUAUUCGGUAUGCAUGUGUAUAUGGACAAGGCCUUUCCAUACGCACAAAUUUUUUUACCCCUGUGACCUUGACCUUGAAGUUAGGGUCGGCGUUAAGGUUUCGAAAUCUGCGUUUAGGUUUUGAAAAAUGCUCAUAACUUCUAUCAAGCGUUUAUAGGGGGCAUAAGUCAUCCUAUGGUGACAGCUCUUGUUGUAAACCAUAAACCAGGCAGACAAAAGAAAAAAUAUCUUGUUGCCUGGUUACGUUUUUGGGAAGUCUUUUUUGGGUCAGUGUUUAAUUAAUUAAAUUGGCAUGAAAGAAGGUCAUGGCUUCAUUGGAUACAUUCUUAACCGAUCUCCUUUUAGCCUAUGACUGAUUUUGGUUUUUGAGUGGUAACAAUGUGAACAUACGGCUAAAUACCAACCAUUUAUUUUUUAGAUGCAAUUAGGACACUAUACACUUUACUGCCUGAAGAUACACUGAUAACAUAUUUUUAUGUUGUGCUAUAUUUGGUGCCUUUGGCAUGAAAAAAAACAUGCAAUUUAUGUUAUGUUAUUUGAUAUACAUAUAUGUAGAUUUUAAGUAUGAACAACAUAAUGUAAACUAAAUCAUCAAUUGAAUUUCAUAAACUUUAAUGAUAUAUGACAGAAUAUAACUGUAUAUUUUCUAGAGCUUAAUUAAUUAAGUGCAUGGUUAAAUUGACGUCUAUGUAUUAUAAAUUUUUGUUUUGGAUGAUUAGUGUUUUAUUGUUUAAACUUUAAUAAUCAUUUUCAAAGACUUUAUUUUGAUACAUUGUAAAAUCCACUUGUUAUAAGAUGUAUUUAAAUAGCCAAAAAGUUAAUGAGAAUUUAAAGUUAAGAAUUAAAUUCUUGCCAAUCAUAUUGAUGAUUUUUGUAAUUUAAAUAAUUUUUGAACUUAACAUUAAGAAAUGUAGAUUGUUUGAGGAUUUUGUGUAAAUAGAUUUUAUUAUUUUAAGAAAAAAAGGUUAAGGGACAAAAAAUUAGAAAACAGUAUUGUUGUUUUGAUUAUUUCCGAUUGAAUUAGCAUAUAUAUAUUAAGCAUUACUGUAUAAUGUUUGUUAAUAUUCAUCUUAACCUAUUUCAAGAACUUAACAAUAUACCUUAAAUAUCUAUGAACUAUAUUUAUCAAUUGUAUCUAUGAUAAUUGUUUUUGUAUUCUUUUUUUUCUAAAAAUUAUUAUAUUUUUGUCUUUUCCAAAAACACAUUAGUAAUUUAUUUAACUUAUUACUUUAGCUGUGAUUUAUUCAAUGGUUCUGAUAAAUAUUUAAUAUAAAAAAUGAAUUGCAUUAUGGUAGAAAAUAGUACAGAAGUACUUAUGCUUGUUUUUGAAACAGUGUUUUAAUAAUAUGCUUGUUACUGAACUUGUGUACAUUUUGUGUAUAAAUUUGCUGAUCGUAAAUUUAUGAAGUCUUCAAUUGUAUGGAAGUACAAAAUAAUAUGUUAUGUAUGAGGACAUAAUGAAAGAUUUGUCGAGUGUAUAUAUGUUUAUUUACAGUAUAAACUUAUGCAGUUUUUGUACGAUAAGUUUUGGAGUUUGUUGCUGAAAUGUAUUUUCUGUAUAUUAUGUGUUUGUAAGAUAUCGGCAAAUAAAACUGCAUCGCAUACCGUAUGUGACAAGCAGUGUUCAGUUUUAAAAGGAAACUGAAGACAUGAGUUUCUUAUUUCAUUUAUUUUGUUUCUAGUCAUAAAAGCUUUGCAAAAACAAUUCAAAAUAAUAUUCUUGCAUUGAGGGUAUGUGAAGAUGAAUAGAAUGCUCUAUUUUAUAGGUAAAAGCCAAUAAAUUGGUUUGUCUUGAUGAAAAGCUAGCUAGUGUCAAUUGUUUUCGUCUGGUUUCAUAGAUGUCUUCAGAAUUAUGGUCAUUUAUGAUUUUCAUGAAAACUUCCGUAAAUUUAUAUACACAUGGACUUUUGUAUGUUUACCUUGUUCUUUCUCACUUACAUGACUUUGUAUGUAUCGUGUAUUGCUACGGGAUAUAUUCCAGAUGUAAGUUGAUUAUUCCAAAUUGCAUUUACUAUCUAUAAAGUUGUGAUUUGUGCUACACAGUGUAAGUUAAUGUAACUUCUUACACGUAGUUAUAGUUGAUGUAAAGAAAACAAACUUGGCAACCACUUAUGCAAGCUUGGUUUCAUGAGAAAUAAAUAUGUGGUUAUUUAUAUUGGAUUAAUGUAUAAAAGCUCAAAAAGGCUGCAUUAUGAUGGUUUCAAGAAAUAUAUUGUAACACAGUUUCGAAACAAACAGCCUUGUGGUGGUCUAGCAAUAUUGCUUUUUUUUAACAGAUAUAAAUAUUGAUAAAUAACAAUACUGUUGUAGAGAAAACCAGCAUAGAUUUAGUUACUUAGCAGUUUUGUAAACCAGGUUUUCCGAAGGAAAAAACUGGUUAUUAGAUUGGCGAAUGUGGGUGGGCGGGCGGGCGGAACAAGCUUGUCCGGGCCAUAACUUUGUAAUUCAUUGUGAGAUUUUAAAAUCAUUUUGCACAUUUGUUCACCAUCAUUAGACGGUGUGCCGCGCGAAAGAAUUACGUCGAUAUCUCCAAGGUCAAGGUCACACUUUGAGUUCAAGUCAAAAAUGGCCAUGGAUGAGCUUGUCCGGGCCAUAACUAUGUCAUUCAUUUAGAUUUUAAAAUCAUAUGGGCAUUUUGUUCACCAUCAUUGGAAGGUGUGUCGCGCGAAAGAAUUACGUCAAUAUCUCCAAGGUGAAGGUCACUGAGUUCAAAGGUCAAAAAUGGCCAUAAAUGAGCUUGUGCAAGCCAUAACUGUCAUUUAUGGUGAGAUUUUAAAAUCAUUUGGCACAUUUGUUCACCAUCAUGGGACGGAGUGUCGCACGAAAUAAUUACGUCAAUAUCUCAAAGGUCAAGGUCACCACGACUAAAAAUAUAUUUAUUUUGAAACAGAGGGGGUUAAUUAUAAACAAUCAGUUCAGUUUGAGUUGUCUCCCUUUAUCAGACUUUUUUCACAUUGAAAACCUGGUUUUGUGACAAUUUUGUCCCUUGUUUUAGAUAAAACAUGCAUAUUUGUAGCUACAAAGCAAUAUUGUUUUAUAGAAAACUGGCAUAGCUGUCGCUACAAAGCAGUUUUGUUUAAGAGAAAACAAACAUAGCUGUAGCAACAAAACAAUAUUGUUCUGGAGAAAGUAGGAAUAUCUGCAGCUACAAAACAGUUAUGUUUUUGAGAAAACAAUAUUGCUUUAGAGAAAACAGGCAUGGCUUUAACCACAAAUCAAUAUUGUUUGAAGAAAAAAGAUUAGAUGGUUUCCUUUCAAGCUACACAAUAUGUUAUUAUGCUGAUUUAAUAUCGGUUGCUUCUGAAUAAAAAUAAACACUUCA